AUGAAAGAGUCCGUCUUGCAGGGCUUCAAGGACUUCUGUACCACCAGGGGGGGCUGCCUGGACGAGGACUUGUUCGCCCACAUCAAGCAGGUCAUCGUGGCUUGGGCUAGUGACAGGUGCCCUGCGGUCAUGAAGGCCGCAAGAAUGCUGAGGGAGGACUGCCCGAACUUGGACUUUGUCUACAAGGACCCAUGUCACGUUCUCCGGACGGUCGCUGGACUGGUCCAGACGGCCUUCGAGAAGGCCGAGGCCGUCCUUUUCGAGGACAGACACAGUGUGGUCCCCUCGGUCAUGAACUCCCACGAGUGGCAGGACAAGUUUGUGUGGCUCCAGAAAGUGGUCUUGGAGCACGGCCGCUUCGCUGGGGCGCUCAAGGUUGCGGUGCGACACUUCAACUUUGUGCGGCCUCGGUGGGAGUCCACAGCCUGCCCUCGCCGGCGCAUGGCCCACCUCGUCGUCCCCACGGCCUUGGUCCUGGCCUUGACUGCGGCGGACCAACGGACGGACUCUGCGACGAAGCGAAGGAUGUUGAGCUUGCUGGACUCGUUUCGGCCUGGGCUGUUCCUCGAGCUGGGCCUCUCUGCGGAUUGGGGCGAGGAAUUCAUCAAGCUCAUCCGGACUUUGGAGCCGGAAUCGUACGACCCGGCAAACCUGGCCGACGAUCUCAGGAGUUGGUUUGGGCGGCAGAGGGCUCUGUUCCAGGACUUGAAAGUCUUGGACGAGCUGGACGAUGUACCAGAGAAGCAAAGCUGCACAUGGCACGUCGUCAAGAAUGCCAUGUCCUGCCCACCGCUGACAGUGGGGGGCCGAUCUUUCCAGCUCUGGUCUUCGGCCCGCGGGGACAAAGAGGUCUUUCAGGCCACGGCGGAAAGGCUGAGCAACCUGGUGGAAGGAGCGAUCGAGCGGGUCCAGGCUGAGCUGCUGGACACUCCACAAUGUGACUGGCAGUGCAUGAGCAUGAAGAAGUGGCAUGCAAGCCUGGGCAUGAACUUGGACGAGGCAGACACCUUCAAGAAGCUUCUCCGGUUUCGGUUUCGCAAGGUCGCUGCUAUAUACUUGUGCAGCAUGCCGGGCUCCACAGGCCGCGAACGGGAACUCGCAAAGAUCAAGGACGGGCCUCGGCAUGAGGGCGACUUGGCCCUUCGACACCGAAGCGAGGACAAAGGCCUUCGUCGAGGGCUGAAGGCACAGUCCGAGCGGUCUUUGACUGAAGCACAAAGACAAGGGCGGGACGAUCUGGACUCGCCGAUACAGGCUUUCCGACAGGCUCACACAGUGGAGGCGGACCACGGAACUUCGACAACAGGCUUGUUUCAAGGACCUGGUCGGGAGGAGUCCAUGCAGAUUCGUUUGGGCAGAAACGGGCCGCUCCAGGCCUUGAAGCUUGUGGUCGUGGAGGCUUUUGUGGACUUGGACCAUCCCCCACCAUAUGCGGGCACGUCCUUUGCCGUCGCUGCCCUGGCUCUGGCUCUCAAGGGAUGGUCGGCCGCUACACGUGCAGAUUGGCAGCGAUGCUCACAGAUUCAGGGUGGCGAGAAACGUCUUGUGGUUCGCCGGCACAGGCCAAGGACAAACAAGUCUCCGAAAGUGAAUGUGGACUUUACGGACUACUUCAAAAAGGCUCACGGUCGUUUCGUGGACUUCUUGGAGAAGGCCAAGUCCCAGAGUGCCAUACACGUGGUCACGACGGAGAAUGACAGGAACAAGCGUCACAAACCACCCUUGAUCCGUGUGGAGGGUUUGGUGGAUGCUUUCAAGCUUGUUCGAGAAAUCAAGGUCAUCGACGGCCCCCAGGGAGUCAGUCUGCCAGCAACCUCUCUGGGCUUUCGCCGGUCUGCCGCCAACGUGCCUGGGCUUUCGUCGGUCUGCCAGCAACCUCCCUUGGCUUUGGCCGGUGCUUCCAGUUUCCAGGACGAGUUCGCGGGACAAACGGGGCCGCAGCCUCGAGUUGAGUUCCUCUUGCCGGCCAA